GAUUGCAGUAUGUAGCUGGUGUAGAAGACCAGCGGUGACCUAGAAGGCUCUCAUGGACCAUGGUGAAGGCAAAGUCCAUCUCCUGCUGAAGAAGAGGAGACGUGAGGAUGUCUCUGGGAGCAUGGAUCUUCAAGAAGACAGCCUUGGAUGUUGAUGGCAACAAAGCAUUUGCAUUUGGAGAUUCUUGAAACUCAUCCGUGAAAAUAAAAAUUAAAACAUGGACGGCCACAUCAGGAUCCAAAGCUGUCAGAGGAAUCCUAGAGAGCCAGUGAAAAAGACCUCCAGCGAAUCUUCCCUCUCUCCUAUGACGCCCUUGUUGCAAAGUCAAAAACCGUUGUGUACCAUAUCAACACAAGAUCUGUCGAAAAAAGAUGAACGUUUCAAUGAGGUCACUUUUCUCUGUUUUGCUAGUGAGGCUGCUCUUCCACCUAAGGAACUGGCAACUGUCUCUGUGGGCCUUCCAGAUGUUCUGAAAUCAAGCCACUGGUGCAGUUUGCAUGACCAGGAAGCUCUUUUGCUAAAGGACAUUUGUAAACCAACGGAGACUUGUGAUGACUUCAGAAACAAGAAUUGUGUGUCACGAGUGCUGUGUGUGAUGAGAUUGUCGCCUUCGUUUGCGAGGCUCAGAGGGGACGCUGUGUUGACGCUGCUGGGCAAGUACACCGCCGCGAUAAGGUGCAGUGAGGAUAUGCGCUCGCUGCAAAAACAGACACCGGACUCAACCCACACCGAGAACGACGACACAAAUCAAUCCGUGUCGUCCAUCGAAGACGAUUUCGUGACCGCGUUAGAACACUUAGAGGAAGACGAGCCGGGGAAAACAACCCAUAUCGAAACCGAGAAGAGUCCAGAGUCAUCUCCAAAGUCCACCUUUGCUCAUCCUCUCAAAUCUAAUGAUCAAAAGUCCUUCGUCAGUUCUGUGUAUCGGAGGCCGUCGGUCAAGUCCUCCAUCUCCUUGGUGAACAUCUUAGAACUUGAAGAAUUGUCAUCUUCCGCAAGAAAUCCGGUCUCCACUUCCAUUUCUGAACCUUGGAUGCAGAGAAACCUUUUCAGGCCCCACAGUUCUUCGGAUCGUGGCGUUAAUUUUUUGCACAAAACCUUAUUUUCUUCCUCUCCGGCUGAUUCGUCCGAGUCGGACUGUUCUAGCCCAAGCCCUGUCAUCUUCUUGGAUGAAGAAGGCUAUCAGAAAAGUUUGAAGGCCAAGCUUCAGCUGCCGAAAAUCCCAGUAGGGAAAGAUGGCGUUGAGGAUUCCGACUCUGAAGUCAGCGAGUUUUUUGAUAGUUUUGACCAAUUUGACGAACGCGAACAAACUUUGGAAAAUAAUUCUAAAGGUUCUAGAGAUCCCGCCACCGUAAGUCAUAUGUCGCAGAGCAUCGUUUCAUGUCAGAAGUCCUGCUCCACCUCAGCAUCCAUGAACCCUCAAAAAUUCAAAUGUGAUCGCCCGGUUCUUCCAGCCAAUGUAAGGAAGCCGACUCCUCGCAAACCAGAAUCUCCGUAUAACAAUCUGUUGGACGUCCCAGAUUCUCCCCGCCUGAUCAAAAACCCAGCGGACGAUCACGCGGCCUUGUUCAGCCCAAUCAGAUCUUCUGCUUUCAGUCCUCCGGGCAGUUGCUUUUCCGCCGAAUGCCUCUGCCGAGUGAACCGAGAUGCCUUCAGCCAGAACCACAACAUCGUCUAUCACACCUACUCGGAUUUUGCAAAUAAUAUUUCCUUUGAAAUUCUGGGCUCCGUGUGUAAUGCUAGGCCGCCCUCGUUGUGUAGAUGCACACAGGAGAUGAUCGGCCAGGGUAGGGUCGUCCCAGAAGAACAGAAAGACCGGACGGCAAAAAUCCAAAGAGACAUAUCUAGAAAAGGACUUCAUAAGAAAGACAGAUCCAAACACAAGUCGGGAGUGAUUAAAGAUCACAUCCAGAGAUUUGCUUCGGAGCUGGUGGAAACGAGUUUUGGAAGCGCGUUUAAAGAUCUCCAGAAGAGUGUUUCUUCGUGUACCAAUGCGCUGUGUCAGUUGGCUGCUAAAUUGACUUCUUCAGUCUUCCAGAUGGCCUUCUACGAGAUUGGAAGGCAGCAAGCUCUUCUGUUGAAGAAGAAAGCUAUUAAUGGUUUGGCAGGGUUUUUGGUGAGCGAAGCCGUCACCGGAGCAUUGAAAGAACUGUACUCUGUGAAGCAACAAAUGUUUACCAACACCGUUACCAAAUUUGCAGCGAACCUUGCCGAGGAGCUGAUAUUUGAGGGGAUAAUGGAAGUCUGUCAGUUUUCGCAUCCGCCGACGCCCACGGCAUCUCAUCAGGACUCCUUCCGUUAUAACGAUCAAGUCGUGUGGUCUUAUGCCCAAGACUUGUCUGAAUCCGUCAUCCAGGAUGCUUUCAUUGAGUUAUCACAGGUCGAUGUGAGCUUCACGCCGCAAGCAGCCAUAAGCGUUUCCACGGACAACGUAAAAUGUGUAAGCAAGGAGAAGGUUCUGGAGUUAACCCACACAUCCAAUGGGUCUUAUGAGCUUGGUGAGAAAGUGCCGGUAGCCUUAAACCCUGUUUGGGAAUUCAGAAAGGAACACACCAUUAAUCGAGCCUUGUUCUACACAACGGGCAUUGCAAGUUCGAUUCCGGUGCCCUUGGCUGGAAGCAUCCUUUCUCAGCACCAGAUUUUAUGGAAGGAAGACAACGUCAAGAAUCCACUGCCAUCCGAGACCAAGCUCUCCUACGUCAGAGGGUCCCCGGAAAUGUGUUGUGCCACCAAAAACAAUCGAAGUGAAGUGUCCUCACUUAGAAAUAUCUACCUGACCACUGAUUUCACAGCAGGCAAUGAACGCGAUUCUCCUGACCACCCUGAAUCCGACAAAUUUGCAGAAAUAUCGAGCACCAAUAACUUUUCUGGCACGAUGGUCGAUAUGAUCGUAUCGGAGGUUUACGAAGCUGUCACUUCUUCCCGGGUUUCUAAAUCGGCAGAGACAUACACAGGCGUGCUGCAAAUGAAUGAUGCCCCCUGUUUGCAGUGCAUCGGGAAAGAUUCCUGCAAGAAUAUGUUUGCAAAUUAUCUGGCCAAACGGAUCGUAAAGCAGUCCGUCGACGAAACGAAAUCGGCGUGUUCGGCUACAAGUGAAAAAUUAGCCUACUGUGUUGGGUUGGGAACCCACCGAAGAAGCGGUAAGAAGGAAUCUCAGGGUGUGGCCAAACAAGGAGAGAAAACGAAGAAUAUCCCAGUUAUCGUGGGUCAACAGCAGAUGCCUUUAAACAACAUAUCGAAAUUUCACAUCUCUACCGCGGCUUCGAAUCGAUGUUUGCUGUUGGGAUCUAAAGAGGGUGUUCAGGAAGGAAAGAACUGUGUGGCCUGCAAGCCAUCCGCAAGUAUAAUCUCUCCUACGAUGACAUUUGUCAAAUCUAAUGAGCAGGUUCCAGAUGCGGAAGACAGUUCAGCGAUACCUAUCAGUAAUUUACCUGAAAAGCAGAGCGCGUCUAAAACCCCAGGAGGUUCUGCGUUUGGUCACGAAAUGCCUUUUCCGGAAAUAAGUAACCCUUCUGUGGUGCCCACGUGUGAAGAUGCACUUCAGCUGGAAGAUAAAUUGAGUGUCAGAGACACAAAUCUUCUCGUGGUACCAGAAACACCUCCCUCCACACCGUUAAUGCCUUCUCAGCCAAGUUCGGAGUGGAAUUUAAGGAAAUUAACCAAAAAACUGAAAGGGGAAUUAGCCAAGGAGUUUGCGCCUGCUACUCCUCCUUCUACUCCUUACGUGCCGGAAACAGAUGGAAUAUACGCUCCGGAAUGUGAAAAGUUAGAAAAAGAAGAGUUUAUGUUGAAAUUAAUGCGGUCUCUCUCGGAAGAAGUGGAAAGCAAGGAAGUUGAAGAACAUCCGGAAACAUCGUUAGAGCAAAUUCAACCUUUAGGACCGACAGUAGAUUAUGCCGAUCAUCUAGCUACUUGUAUCAUCUCUAUGGCAACUGAGCAGGCCGCUUCACGUUUAGAAGAUAAAGCUACUCAGAUGGAGAAGAAGAGAUACUGUCAAGUAAGCACGGAAGACCAAAGAGGCGGGCAUUCCACAUUUGUUAACGUUCCGGAAAAACACCCACCCACUUUGUGGAUUUACGCUGGCGAAAUGGCUGGGAGGGUCAUCCGAGAAGCCAAGAAAAGGCUCAACUCAAGACAUUGUAAACUUCUGAGUCUCCGUCAUGUUAAUUACGAGGGCAGUUGCUUCCAUCUGAAAAGAAACUCUCACGAAUGUUGGUCCAAAGACCAAAGACCGAAGCCAUGUUCUAGAGAACCGGACCCAUGCGCUCUUCCCGUGCCCCUGAAUUCGGAAACUUCGGGGCUCACCUCCAAAUAUCCCAGCUGUGAAAGCGUGACGGAUGAAUACACCGACCACAUCAUCCGGGUUUUGAAACAGGAAGGCGGCCACGGGGACCUCAUCAUGGAUAAUUUUGCAAGCAGGCUUGCUUACAAAACGGUGAGGUCUGGGAUGCAGCAAGCCGCCAGGAAACUCCGGGCGAAGCCCAGUAGAAAGAUUGUUCCAGAAAAGAGCUCCAAGCUAAGCAGCAAGCCUGAGUUGUUCGAGGCCGCAAACCAGGACUUCGAUCAAAAGAAUCAGAAAAAUGGCGUGAUACUUCAUCUCACAAAGCAGCCUUGGAGGAGUAGAUGUCCCUUACAUGGGCCCGAACGCUCCAAGUUGCUUGACUUUUCAGAAUCUCUUGCUUGUACGAUCACCUCUGAUGCCAGAAGGAUGUUCAUGUCCGCGGCGAGUUUACCCAAAUCUUUCACGGAUUCUUGCUUGUACCAACCGCCGAGAGACGACAAAGUCACCGAUUUCAAAACAACGUGGAGUCAAAGACUGUCUUCUUCCCAUUGUAAGCAGAAGCUGUAUCACAGCAUGGAGAGUUUGAGGGACUCCACCUACCAAGGGAACAUUUUACGAGCCGUAGACCAAUACGCGAAGAAGAUCGUAGAUGAUACUUUAGAAGUGAGCUUAGGAUCAGCUACUCGGCAAGCUCCGGAAGGCUGGACAAAUGGAGAGAGGUUAACCUAUGAAGAAAAAACGAUCCCGUUUUCUAUAGCUGCCUGCAAACACUGCAGUUUGAAAGAACAUCAAACCUGCAUUGGCGGUUCGUCUCUGCCGCUAGCUGGACGAGAUCUUCCUUCUAACGUUAGGCAGUCUUCAGAUGGGAGUGUAAGCAUCACCUUGCCUAAAUCUCACAUGCUUCAUUUGGACAUUCCCAAAAUUCACGUCGAUAUGGAGGAGAAGGUCCUGUUUGCUGAAAACCUUGCGCCUGUCACGUUGGACCGAGCGAGGCGGCAGCUCAGCAACACCAGUUUGACAGCGGAUAGCGGGAUCAGUCAAGAUGGAAUCAGUUUUGCCGAAAGUCUAAGCACAGAAAUUAUGACUUCCUGCAUGACAAAUAUUGCUCCGGCCAUCAGUAUAAGCGCCAUGGAAACGGAGGGUCCGAAUUCUGCUGAGUCUGUGGUCAGCCAGCAAACUGGAGAGGACAGCACCGGCAGCUGGUCCAACUUGAGUUUCGAUGAGGAACAUCCAGACGAGAGCAGCAGCUUUCUCCACCUCAGUGACAGUAAUGGUAACAGCAGUAGCUGGAGCAGUCUUGGUUUAGAAGGAGAUUUGUAUGAGGAGAAUUUGUCCUUUUCGACAUCCGACAGCGAUGGAGCAGAAGACAAGGAGGAAGAGCUCAACGCUUCCAUGCCAGGGUUGAGGAAACCUUCCAAAGCCUUGGUCAUCGUGAAUGUGGACGUUGGGCCCUGCGCGGUGGAUCCUCAGCUGAGAAUGACGCUGCAGUGGUUGAGUGCUUCGGAAGCGGAUGUGCCCGAGCUGCGUUUCCAUGAGGACACACCCGGGGAGUUCCUCCUUGUGAGUAGCAAAGACGCAGAGCCAGUACAAGCUGACGUAUAA